AAUACAUUAAAAACAAAAUACUAUUAAUCCUGUUAAAUAAUAAUAACACUUAAAAGGGAAUCACUUGUCAAACAAAUAAAAACGGAAAGAUGAAUCCUUAAAAUUAAUAUUAACCUGGAUAUCAAUAUCAAAUGAACUAACAAUUUUCCUAGCCAACAAUUUAAAGAGGAGAUUCAAGAUAUGGAAAUCCACCAAUUCCACCUUUAAAUGAGAAUUCUAUGAGUUAAUACGAUAGGAACGAUAGAGCUUAGGCACCUCCUUCUCCUACUCAUUCCGUAUCAGAAAGCCAAAGAGAAUCCAAUAUUACCCAUAGUGCUAUUAAAUAAGAAACUGUACAAAAGGAUCAGAAAGAUGCUAAUAAGUAGAAACCUAGUGAACUAAACACUGAUAAGCUCAAGAUGAAUGAUAAAAAAAUAUGGGCAAAAGAUACUUUCAAGAUAAUUACAAAAAUUCACUAUGGAAAAAAACAAUUCGUCUUUGAAAUUUAGGAUUUGACUGCUUUCAACCAGUAAAAAGAUGCCGCUAAUGCCUCUUAAGCUUAAGAUAUACCUGAUAUUGAUACAGAGUACAAAUUGAAGAAAAAAUUAGAGCUUCCCUUCAAAGAUAUAGAAAAACUAUCUUUUAUAAAGUAAAGAUAGGAGAUAACAAUUGAAACAACAUACGAUAAAAUCAAAUAGUGUCAAGAACCAAAGAAGAAAGGAAAUGAUUCAAAAAAGACAACUCAAUGGGUAGAAAAUAGUUUUCUAAUGCAAGAUGACAAUGUCACUCCUUUAUUUGGACCAAAAGAAUAAAUUAUUAUUGAAUCAGUUUAUCCUAAAGACACUUUAACAAAAUCUGGUAGUGGGAGAAUGAGCCACCUUUAAAAGAUUUAACAAUGGGUUGAUGUGACAAAUCUUUACAUAGACGGAGAGCGUUUCCAUAGAAACACAGGCGAAUAAGCUCCCUAAAAAGAUACCUUUACAGAGCGAGAAGACCCUCCAAAUACAAACACUAAUAAUACAGGAAAUCCAAGCAUUAAUAAUUCACUUCCACCUCCCUAAUUACAUAGGCAAAACACUUCACAAAUACAAAACUAGCAUCAUUAGAACAGCCAAGUUCAAUCUUAGCAAUCCCUACCUUAACCAAACUCAAUGGCCCCUUAGUACAAUCACAUGCCUCCCUUGCAUAAUAAUUAAAGUUAAUACAAUUCAAAUCAGACUUAGAGACCUCAAACUAAUAACUAAUAUCCACCAAACAAUUAUCAGAAUAAAUCUUAACCUCCUUAACCCGGCAUGCCUCCUAUGAAAUAGCCUAAUGGUAUGAAUGCUCCUCCUUAGCCUGGGCAAUAGAAUAAGCAUUUGUUAAACUCGAAUUUUGUUAAAGAGCAAUUCAAUUUAAAGGAUGGAAGUCAAGAAAAUUUCACUUAAGUAUUUGACACUUUAAAAGCUAAAGUUACAUAAGAGAAAAAUCACCCUCUUAAUUUUCCUAAUCUUCCAUAGCCUUAAUCUAUAGCAGCGAUGAGUGGAUAGGGUAAUGGAAUGAAUAUGAUGGGUCCAAAUAAUUAGAUUCCUGGAAAUAUGAAUCCCAAUAUGCCACACGGAUAACCAAAUGGUCCUCCAUACCAAUAAAGAAUAUAACCUCCAUAAAUGGGUCGUUAAUCCAGCUAAAUGGGUAACGGACCACACAACAAUUAAAACAUCCCUCCUCAUUAAUAUCCAAAUAUGGGCUAAAAUCCUCAAAAUUACUAUCCCAAUUAAAACGGCAAUAACAGCAGUGGUCAUUAUGGAUAGUAUCCCAAUCAAGGCUACCCUAAUAAUGUAAAGCCAGGCUAAUUUAAUUAAGGUUAGAUGAAAUAAAUGCCUAAUGGUCAAAAUAUUGGUCAACCACCAAAUCAAAUGAAUAAAAGCAUGAAACCCAACGAUCCAUCUAGACAAAACUCUCAAUAGUUCUAGAACUCCCAAGCAUAUCAAAACGGAGGUUAUGUUCCUCAAGGAAAUAGCUAUGAUGAUGAUCUAAUUGAUGAAGGAUUCCCAUAAUUAAACAAAGAUCAGCUCAAUAAAAUCAAGGAUUACGUUGAAUAAUAAAAAAAAAUGAGUGUAGAAAUAAAAAAGGAAAAGAUUUUAAAUAAAAUCAAAGAACUUCAUUAAGAAGGCAUAGAGUUUGUAUCCUCAGAAAAGAAAGAAGAGGAGGCUAGUUCCAAGUCAAGCAAGAAGUUCAAAUGUCCCUAUUAUUUGUGUAAAAAAGAAUGCAAAGAAAAUUAAAUGAAUAAACAUUUCAAAGAAGCACAUCCUGAAUUAAUACAAGUUGGUUUCGAAAUGGAUGUUCAUGGAAAUUAUAAAUUUGAUGAUUAAAUGUUAGAUUACGUCCUCUUAAUUUCAGAAAUUUAUCCUCAACAAUAUCAAGAAUUUCUCAAACAGAUGAGACCUAACAUUAAAAAGAAGAAGGAUAAAAAAUCAGAUAAGGCUGAUAAAGCUGAGAAGCCUGAAAAAGUUGAAAAACCAGUUUCAGUCGAGAAAGAAAAGGAAAAGGAAAAAGAAAAAGAGAAAGAGAAAGAAAAAGAAAAGAAUGAAAAGAGUGAAAAAAAUGAUAAAGGCGACAAGGGCGAAAAGAAAAAGAAAUCAAAGAAGGCACUAAAAAAAGAAGAAAAAGAAAAAUAAAAAUUAAUGUAGUAGAAUUAACAAAUUGAUUCACUCUAAGCUCAAUAAUCAAACUCAUCUUGAAUUAAUUGAUUGAAUUAAAAUUAAUAAAUAGAAACAAAUUACUAUUAAAUUAAUUAUCAGCUACUCUUAGACUAUGUAAAAUAAGUAAACCAAAUAAAUAACAAAUAAAUUAUCAAAAAAACAAAUAAAUAACGACUUUUCAGAAUGAAACAAACAGCUAAUUUAUCUAGAAACUAAUAACUAAUCUACACAAAAUAUAAUUAAAUAACAACUAUUAUUAUUAUAAUUUCCAUACUAAUCAAAAAUAUUUUCUGAUUACACACGUAAUCUCUAUUUUCCACAUAACAAUAAAUCUUAAAAAGUAAUAACCACGAAAAUAAAUUAAUUGAUAACUUACAUACAUACAUAUGUGAACUAAUUUAAAACCUAUUAAUUUAACUAUUAAAAUAAAUAAAAAAACAUAAACGGUAAAGAUUUUCUAUGAAUAAUAAAAUCAACUAGACCGAUUUAAACUACCUACCUACCUAACUAGCUACAUUGACAAAAUUUUAUCUUAAUACUUAAAAUGCCUAACAUAAAUAAUUAUUUAUAUAUUCAAAUAAAAAAUAAAUAGAUUUUCUCCUUUAAUCUAAUCUCAUUUAAUUCAUUUAAAAUAGAUCAUUAUAACUUGUUUAUUAUGUAGUAAAUAUUAUAUAUUCUAUUAAUUUAUAUAUAUUUUUGCUUUGCUCUAUUAUUAAAAUUCAAAGAUCUUACUUAUA